AUUUGGAGGCAAAUAAAUAGAAUUAAGAGAUUUAGUUCCGAUAAGUGUCAAAAUAUUGCGUCUUCUAGAAUCUAGAGCUUUUUCAGAAUUUCAGAGGGAGCACUUAGAGUUAUGUCUUUUUAUUCUUGACUAUGUGUUCAACUCGGUGUGGUGGGGGGAGUUCAAUCUGUCCCUAUUCGGUUUCAUUUUCAUGUCAGGGGAUAAUGGAUUAGGUUUCGUGAUUGCGUGACAUAUAACCCUCUAUAAUAUUCUGUGUCGGUCGGGUGGGGAAAGUUCUGGGCAGUUCUGGCGGAGUUUCGUGCUGUCGUCAUUCUGUUACUAUGACAACAUCAAAAGCGUAUCGAAUUUCAAAACAAAUAUCUUUGCCAACAUGGCAGGCGCGAGAGAUGAGUGGGGGUUUCGUUUGACACUAAUUCGCCAGUAAGUUUGCUCCUAGGAAGAUGAAAUUUCAACUUUCAAUAAUUUCAUGCGACGCAGCAAUGCUGAAUCUAUAUACUGACGUAAUUUUUUUCUGUUCACAGCGGAGAAACGGAUCAAAAUCGCAACAAAAUCAUUCAAGGUUUGUAAACUGAAUAUUCUAGGCUUCUAGCUUUUUUUUAUUGGAAACACGUUUAUUUGUUUAGCAACUUUUUCAUCCGUUUUAGCCCGUUAUAUUAGUAUUUAGUAGAAAUAAACAUGCUGUUUAUUCUUGUUAUUCAAAACACGGGGUUUUUUCUUGGAGCACAAGAAAUAUAUUUACACGCAAUGCAGUUCUGCAAAGAAUCCUAAAGAACUUUCUAGCUUUUUACGGGAAAACUUUGAAAUAGCGCAGUGUCAAACUGCCUCAAAAACGUCUUUCAUUCAAUGCUUAUUUAGUUUUAAAGAUCUUAACAAACAUUUUGUGCGCAAAACUUUAUGAAGAAUGUAUUUUUAAUAGUAUAUAUAAACCAUUUUCAGAUGCAAAGCUUGUAUGAUCUUAUCAGAUUAAUAAUUGCAUGUAAAAUAUGUUAAUGAUCGUUAAUGGGGAUUUAAGUGUUUUCCUAUUAUCAUAAUUUAACGCUGUGCGAGAGCUGUGGACUAUCCCCACAAACAUCCAGAUCCAUAUACCAUUUAUAUCCAAGGAUGAAUACUGUUAUAGUUGAAAAAAAAGGGCAAAAUCUGGACAAAAUUUUCAGGGUUUGCACAAAAUCUGGAUGUUUUCAAGAGCAUUUGAGUGGUUGUAUCAAUUAAAGAGCUUUUGAGAGGUUUUAUUCUGAUCAACCAAUCACAACCAGGCUGAAUUAAUUAAAACCUAUCCAAUAUUUUACACAAACUCAACAAUGAGUUUAUUUGUUUGAGGAUAUGCAAUGUCAAGGCUUGGCUUGCACUAUCAAAGUUUCUGUGAUCACAGUAGGAAUUUUGCAUAGGUAAAUUUUAAGUUUUGAAGAUUUGUAAGAAAUGUUUGAGGAAACUGACUCAGUGUUAUUAAGCCACAAGUCAGUUCCCUCGAAUAUUUCUUACAAAUCCUGCAAAACUUAGAAUUUGCCUACAUGUAAAAUUCCUACAGGUGAAGUUUUUUUUCAUGUUAGGUCAAGAAAAUACAGUUUUGAAUGAAACAGGCAAAGAACAGGUUGAACUUGUUGGAAACCGGUUUAAAUAUGAACAUCUAACAAGGAUAUAUAGCAGUGAUUUGGAACGAGCAUUAAAGGUACGUUAGCUAUGGUUGCACUUGUUAAAAGGAAACCUGUUCUCUUUGGUACAUAAUGAAGUACAUUACCCAAAGAGUAUUAGCAUUUUCCCCUUGACGAGUAAAAUUGUCUGGCAUUAGGCAGAGUGAAGUAAUAAAGUAGGGCUCAUUAGAGUGCAAUCCAACUUAAUGGAUUAAUCUAUAUUUCUUGUAUAUCCCUUAUGAAAAAAGUCAAUAGGUGGCCUAUAGGAAAUGUUCCAAUUCCCUAUAGAAGCCUUUAGGCACCUAUAGAGCUCUAUAGGCUUAAAUAGGCUUCCCUAUAGGUCACCUAUAGAAAAUGUUCCAUUAUUGCCUAUAGGAACCUAUAUAGGUUGGCCUAUAGACUUUUUUGUAAGGAAUUCAUUUAUAUAUUUGUUAAUUUUUUUUGUUUAAUAUUUCUAGACUGCUGAAGGCAUAUGCUUGCGAAAUGUACAUUUGAAAGAUCUGAAGAUAUGCAUGGAUACAUCAUUACGCGAGAGAGUGAGUCACAUUGCCAACAGGAUCAGAUAUGUUCGCACUGCUUGUUCCAAACUUGUUGACACUUUGUCAACGGCUUGUUGACAACUUGCUACAAGGUUGUUGAGCUCAACAAACCUGUUACAAGUUGUCCCAAUAACAUGUUAUCGUCUUGCAAUUCAAUAAUUUGUCAACAAGUUGUGAGUGAAACCGCUUGUAGCAACUUGAUAAAAAUGAGAGCGUUGUUACAACUUGUUGACAAGCAUGUUACAAGCUGUUGCGAACACAUCUUGUUACAAGUUGUGAGAUUUUUACAUGUGUACAUCAGAACAAUUGUUACCUAGGCAAGUGAGCUUUCCAUAAAUCGAAUAUAUUUUCUUUGCUUGGUUAGAAUUAUGGUGACGCUGAAGGCAAGUCCAGUCCAGAACUUAAGAAAAUGUUAUCAUCUGGCAAGCUACCGCAUGGCGCCGAGACGGAAAUGCAAGUCCAAAAACGAGCUGUCGACUUUUUCACCUCGUUAUUACGAGACGUCAAUCACUUGAAAAAAUCACUUCGCUCAAAAGUCGAGAAGAAUGACACGUCUUUACAGAGGCAGCACUCGGAGAAACCCUCAAAAGUUGAUUUGACUGGUGACUUACGGAAACCUAGUCAUAGUGAUCCCAGCUCCGACAAAUCCAACCAUUUAAAAGAUGCUCUGAAUAGCAACCUAUCGUCCCCAGAUCGAAAGCAUCGACCGACGUCAUUGCCUCUGGCAAAUAACAAAAAAAUACUACACCCAGUGUUACUGAAAGAUCUCUGUCAUGAUAUCAACAACCCAUCAGAUUGUGACCACACCGACAGGCCAAUUCAUGUCGUGGUUGUCUCCCAUGGUGGAAUACUGCGCCAUUUUGUCUCGUAUUUUGCCAAAAACUUUCAGGUUCAAUUUCCAGUGGAUAAGAGAAAGUUGUUGAGGCAAUUUUGUCCAAAUACUGGAGUAUCAGAGUUUCUGGUGCACUUGGAAGGACAGAAAGUGACCAACAUCGAUUGCUUGCAGUUGUACGAUAAAUCCCAUCUUAGACAUCUUUCUUAACGAGAAGUCGGGUGAUGACUUUUUCCUGGCAUGUAAGAUCAUCUGAUCUUAGACAGAAUAAAAUUCGAAAAGUAAGCAUCAAACAUUUAUAUGAAAAACUAUUUACUGUAUAUAUAUAUAAGCAUGCACUAAUAUGCACAACAUCAUUUUAGAGGAUAUUUUUAAUGUUUAUAUACUAAUGCGCGAAUCAAAUCGAAACCUUGACAUCCCCCCCCCCCCCGGGCAUACCCCCGGGAAUUUGGAUUUUGACGUUUUGGUCAGGUCAAAUUCCCUACAUAUAUUUGUAAUUCCCGUUCAAAUACACCACGUAUUGGGAAAAAUUGGAGUUCAAAUACCCCACCCCAUGUACGAAUUGGAAGCUACAGCAUUUCGCAAUUUUGGAAUUUCAAAGUUUUUCUUUCCUUCAAAAACUCUCUUCAAUUGUUCAAAGCCGUUUUCUUGUAGCCAACCAAGGACAAAGUUAAUUCCUUUGCACUUGAAGACCUUGAACUCAUCCAUUAAUUAUUGACGCCAUUUUGGAUUCUGCACACGUGUUUAAAAGAAAAAUUCAAAUUCCCGACCCAGGUUCAAAUUCCCCACCUUCCACUAGAAAAAAAGGUCAAAUUCCCGCCUUCUUAAAAUACUAAACAAGCAAAUUCCCCAGGUAUGCCCGGGGGGGGGAUGUCAAGGUUUCGAUUUGAUUCGCGCAUAAUAGUGUGUAAAAUAGCGCGGGUAUAUUUAUUAUUUUAAUGAAUGAACAUCCUUUAAGACAACCACACAUACCUAAUUUUAGUGUGCAGUGAUAACCAAUUUGUGCAGUGAUAAAAGUAAAAUGUGCAGUGAUAAAAUGUAAAAUGCGCAGUGAUAAAAUUUGCUUUGAUAAGUUGUUAAUUAACACAAGAGAAUGAUUCAAUUGAAAUUGAAAUGAUGACUGCCAAAUUAGCGAAUUAAAUAAUAGUGUAUGUUUUUUGUACGAAAAUCAUGAGAUUCAGGCAAUUUUUAGUUAAUAUCUGGCUUUUGGUAUGUCCGGAAAAUUUUUUUGACCCUUAAAAUGGUACACUGACCAAAAAUUUUUUGGCGAGUGUCGCCAAAAAUUUCCGAAUAUUCUGAAAUUUUCUUAGUCAUUCGGAAAUUUUUGGCAUAAAAUGUGCAGUGAUAAAAAAUUCUUAAAAUUAGGUAUGCAACCACAUAAUAUGUGUGUGCUAGUUUUAUUGCUUUUGCAAACAUAGAAUUUAUGUCAAUUUAUUUAUAUGUCUUAAUUAAUAGAAUAAAUAUUAGAAUGUAAAUUGGUAUGUAUAAAUGUAAAAUAUUUUUAUUCAAUCAAUAAUAUUUAAUUGUAAACUUUGAUUUAAUCAUUAGCCAAUCAU